AAGCUGACCAACGCUAGCGCGAAGCGGCUUGCAGAACGCCAUCUGUUGUAUGCUGGAGGAACCUUGCCGCAAAUUCUAGCUGGGUUACAGAAAGACGCCAUACCUUUUUACUCUCAUCUAGGAUAUCGAACCUAGAUUCGCCUGACGUCUACCGACAACACCGAGUUGAGAGUUUCCAAGACUGGACCAGAUCGAGUAAGUGACCGUAACGUACAAUUUAACUGACGCAAUCUUCCUGUUCAUUCCUAAAUCUAGAUGGCGUCGCACGAAGACGCCUCUUGGCAAACUCGUCACCCAUCAUUAAUAAGUACGGAUGGCGAACCUCACAGAUUUUUUCCGUAUCAAUGCAACAUCUGCUGUCUCUUCCUGACGGCAGGUAUCGAAGCGCUUGAAGAGCAUGUUGCUGAACACCGAAGCAAGCUACGAGCGCGCUUAGAGGCGUUACAACAUGACGAAGGUGGUGACGCUGGCCAUAUGUGGGACUAUCUUGGCGGACAACAUGCCGCAUCUGCCGUGCAGAGUCAGCAACCUCAGCAGCAGCAGCAACAGCAGCAAUCUCAGCAUCAACAAGAACAGUUUCAGGCAGCGUCGCAGCCGACUGUAGACAGCCAGACUCUCUGGUACGGCUCUAGCACGAGCAGGGCCGUUAAUUGGACAACAUCCCACGGUGGCACCGUGUCUGGCGCGACAUCCCUGACGGCCUGUUCUCUUCAGUCGGGAACAGGUGCUAGCACACCUAUGCAGGAGCAGCAGUUCGGAUCGGCGCAUAUACCGCAAGACGGCUACGCUGCUUACACGUCACAGGCACUGUACUAUGGCGGCGGCGGCAGCAGUGCAAUUGGCAGAAUGGUGUACACGGGCACCAGUGGUUCAUCCGCGUACACGAUCCCGUCGGACGGUUCGUUAAGCCACUCGAGUGGACUAGAUGGCGAAACGGCGAUCGUGACUAAUGAACAACUGCAAGGUUCAACGUAUCGAAGUACAGCCAUUGCUUAUGAGCCCAAUAUUACUGAGGUGCACGCCGACCAUGUCUAUCUGACAAAUAGCGUACCCGAUACAACAAUUGGAUCGCGGCACGCAAUGUAUUGUGGCGCACCGUACAUAACUUCAAUGGAAGUGCCGUGUACAGCACAGCGGACCUGCAGGCAACAGGCCCAGCUGCAGUCGGACUACACUGGAACCAAUUACAAGCGACAACAGGAAACACCAGUGGAGGCUGUUGCAAAGAAGCAGCGUCUUUUGGAGAACACGCCAUCAUCUACGACAACUACAACGGCCCCGGCAAGUUUCAUUGAUCCACCCCACUCCGAAGAGCAAAUGGAACCUGUCGAAUCAAACGGUACUUCGAAUUCUCAGGCUUAUCCACAGGAUAGUAGCGCGCACAACUUUACGGAGUUUGGAGCAACGUCAACAACAACUACCACGGAAGCUACUACAAUUCAACAGCUGCAAGAGAAACUCGGAAACCAAUGGAGUCAAGGCGCGCAGCAAACGAAUCUCUUCGCAAGUCGUGAAACAGUGGAUGUGACGAUUCUUGCCGAUCCGUCAAGCGCGCCCGUUCAUCGACCAAUUGAGCAACAUCCGACGGCCAAAGAAGAUACUACGGAGAUUUCAGCACAGCCUCGAUCGGUCCCGGUUUCAUGUCCGGUGGGAGUGGCGACGCUCAGUGGCGCCGAUAAUAUUGAACAAGACGCUGCGCAGAACAAUGACAGCACAUACUUCGAGCGACUAGCACGUUCCUUGCAAAUAGCCAACGACUCGAACGAACAGGUCCACUCAACCCACGACGCUAUUGGCAUGGACCAGCAAGACACGCAGUCCUGGAUUCAUGCGCAAUUUCUUGGUCAAUGUGGAGAAAUCGGCCCCAGCAAAGAUCACGAACGGUAUGCUACGCUCGAGUAUCCUCCAAGUGAAGAAAAAGCUUCUUAUGACCUUAAGAUUUCCCAACCGACGAGGUUGUAUGGUACGGAAACUGCCAGCGAAUGCGAAAUACCAGGGUCUCCGGCUUUUGCACCCCUGGGGAAUCGAAAUGCUGCUAUUGAAGAGCGUCAACAAGUUAAACGCGAGUCGGACUUUGGGGCCGCGGGCAAAUUCAAGGUUCAAGGAGAAAUAGAGCAGCCUGGUGAAGAAUUUGAAGGUGACGAGGGCUCAAGCGCAGCCACAAAGACCCAAGCGGAAGAGAUCAUUGACGCGAUCUUGAAUAUUGCCUGUUUACGGGAGGAACAACAGGACGCAAAAACUGCAUUUAAGGGAGAAAAAAUAGACGAGUCUUUAUCCAGAAACAACAGUUUACCUGCAGAGUCAGAACAAGCGGCCGAUUUCGGAUUUCCGAAGAUCGAAAACAGAUCCCUUGAAGUUACGGAAAGCGAUUCCACCGCUGUCAGUGCUGAGUGAUUGCAGCAGCUUAUCGCACGGGGGUCUGAGGUAGCAUUCCGGGUAAUGAAUGCGUAGAAAAGGUCCAAUGUAGUGCAGAAGGCAAAAUAGACUCUUGUUGUUACACUGCUCGCAUUAAUAUGUUAAAGUUACAGCCAAACACCGGGGUGCACAUAUUUAUAUAAUUCAAUUAAUUAUUCUGAUAGUCGGCUACGUUAUGCAACUUUCAUUAAUGAGACUAGCUGAUCGUUAUGAGGUGUCUGCCCCUUCCCCUCUGUAUUGGAUAAAGCUCUGAAGAUGCACUUCGGUUGCUACGAAAAACACGUACAAGUUGAAGCACUGCAUUUAAAUUCUGGCUUCUGUAUGUGUCGAUGUACCGAAUGCAUAUGUUAGCCCUUGUAGCGUAAACACGAAUGCUAUGCCUUCAGUCGAGUUUAGAAAGUUCUUAACGCCAUAACUUCACGUAUGCAAGGCCAAAAUUGCUAAAGAAUCAAAUGCAUUAACAGGAAUGUAUUAGGUGUUAGUUAGCACAGUUCGUCAGCAUUACGUUUAAACUUUAGUAGUCCCAUCGUUCAUGUAAUGCAUGUACAUAUGGCAUCAUAGGAGUCGCAGUACUGAGCAGGUGGCCGGACUUCAUUCAGGUUGAAGGGUAACUUUGCUAGGACGACUAUAUUAUUUACUUUGGACAAAAGACUUGCCAAAUUGAGCUGGCAGUUGUUCCAUUGUUAUGAAUUCUGUAUGUGUUUUGGCGUACUUGGGCAUCAGGGGUCCUCAGGACAAAUAGGCAUCCCGUUUUUUUGCUUGAAGCAAGUCGUUUGGUCUGAGGCGGCACUCUGGGGGGCAAAAAUAAGGGCAGCAAGAGAUAAAUUGCCUCAUAAUGUAAGUUCUAUACUAAUGAACAGUUGAUAGUAAAAUGAAUCGCUUGACAAAAACUUCAGACUAAAAUUUGCGUUGUGGAGUAGUUAUCCGCUCACUUUCGUUUAUUAUGUAAAAAUAUUGGGUAUAUAUAUAUAUAUAUAUAUAUAAAGAUAAAGUAAACGGUGUAUAUGUGUGAUCAACGCCUGAACGUUUGCGAAGAAGUUGUGUCCUAAGACAAACGCCUUAAAAUGAUGUAUGAUGGAGU